GCCCGGAGCGCCCGGGCCCGGCCCGGCCGCCGCCGCCUUUGCCACGGUGCUGAUGGCGGCCCGGGCCGAGCUGGCCGCGCCCUGCCGCCUGCUUCCCGCCGCCGCCGCCGGCGCCGCGCUCCGCCUGCAGCUCAGCGUGCAACCGGGAGCCGACGGGCGGCGCCGCUUCCGCCUGGCGCUGCGGCGGGCGGAGGCGGGGGGCGGCGCGCCCCUGGCAGAGUGUGACCUGCGGGACGUUUCCUACCGCGUGUGUGGCCCCGCCAGCCACGAGCUGCAGCUGCCAGCGCUGGGGACACCAGCAGGGACAGCGGGGACAGCGGGGACAGCAGGGACACCAGCAGGGACAGCAGGGACACCAUCGGGGACAGUGGCACAGGAGGUGGUGGCACUGAGGUUCCCCGAGGAGCGCGAGGCCCAGCAGUGGUGGACGGUGCUGAGCAGCUCCCUCAGGGAGGCACGGAGAGCUGCCGAGGGUGACACCACGGGGACAUCGCUGGUGCCACCGCCCGCGGGGACAUCGCUGGUGCCACCACCCACGGGGACAUCGCUGGUGCCACCGCCCGCGGGGACAUCGCUGGUGCCACCGCCCGCGGGGACAUCGCUGGUGCCACCACCCACGGGGACAUCGCUGGUGCCACCCGCCGAGGGUCCCGAGCAGGACGCGGAGGAGGCGCAGGUCCUGGAGCUGGCCCAGACAGAGGAGCUGGCCCUGCGGCUGGCCGAGGCCAUCACCUUUGGGGACGAGGCGGUGGCAGCGCAGAGCGCGGUGGCGCUGGCCCGGCGGCACGCGGAGCUGAGCGUGAGCCUGCGCCACAGGGACGCGCCCGGGGGCCACCUCAGCAUGCCGGUGGGGGUGGAGGACGCCACAUCCUCGGCCAGCAUCACCCUGCGGGUGCAGCCCCACAUCACCAUCAGCACCCUCAAGGAGCAGGUGUUCCGCGAGUACGGGUGUUCCACGAGUGUCCGCGAGUACGGGUUCCCGCCCUCGGCGCAGCGCUGGAUCAUCGGGCAGAGCCUGUGCCGGGACGGGCGCAGCCUGGCCUCCUACGGCAUCCGCCGCGACGGCGACCCCGCCUUCCUCUUCCUCCUUUCGGCACGGCCGCCGCCGGAACCGGCACCGGCACCGGGAGCGGCCCCGGGAGCAGCGCCGGAGCGGCCCCGGGAGCGGCCCCGGCUCCGGGAGCGGCCCCGGCCCCGGCGGGCCCCGAGCGGCAGCGGGAGCUGCAGGCGCAGGAGCUGCUGCGCGCCGCGGGGCUGCACGGGGACGGGGACGGACACGGGGAUGGAGCACCGGGAGCAGGCCGUGUCCCCGAGGAGCCCCCGGAGCGGAUGGACAUCGGGGACAUCCGGGAUCACCUGGACUCGCUGCAGCUCUGGGACAGUGCGGGGACCCCGCCCACGGGCCCUGAGCCCCGCCCACCCUCACCUGAGCAGGGUGGACACAGCCCCCAGGCACUGCCCACGCACACCUGACCGGGCUGGCUGGCCGUGCCCCCAGUGCACGUUCCUGAACAAGCCCACCCGGCCGGGCUGUGAGAUGUGCAGCGCCCCCCGGCCCGAGGGGUACCGUGUGCCCGGGGGGCACCGCCCCGACCCCGCCGAGCUGCGGCGGCUGCAGAGGGAGCGCGACGGGACCCGGCAGUGCCAGCAGGCGCUGGAGGCGGAGCGGCAGCAGAACCUGGCGCAGCUGCUGCGGGCGGAGGAGGCGGGGCUGGUGCUGAACCCGGAGCCGCUCGAGUGCGGGAUCUGCCUGCAGGAGGUGCCGGCGGGCCGGGCCGUGCUGCUGCGCGACUGCCUGCACAGCUUCUGCCGGGAGUGCCUGCGGCAGGUGAUCAACUUCAGCGAGGAGCCGGUGGUGGCCUGUCCCUUCCGCGAUGUCACCUACGCCUGCGGCAGCCACCUGCAGGAGCGCGAGAUCCGCGCGCUGCUGUCCCCCGAGGAGCACGCGCGGUUCCUGGCGCGGGGGCUGGCGCUGGCCGAGCGCCGCAGCCGGAACAGUUUCCACUGCCGGGGCCGGGACUGCCCGGGCUGGUGCUUCUACGAGGACGCCGUGAACGAGUUCCGCUGCCCGGUCUGCGGGGCCCUCAACUGCCUCCUGUGCAAGGCCAUCCACGAGGGCCAGAACUGCCGGCAGUACCAGGACGAGCUGCAGCUGCGGGCGCUGCACGACGCGGCCGCUCGCCAGACGCGGGACAUGCUGCAGACGCUGGUGCAGCGGGGCGAGGCCAUGCACUGCCCCACGUGCCACAUCGUGGUGCAGAAGAAGGACGGGUGCGACUGGAUCCGCUGCACCGUGUGCCAGACCGAGAUCUGCUGGGUCACCAAGGGACCCCGCUGGGGACCGGCGGGCCCCGGUGACACCAGCGGCGGCUGUCGCUGCAACGUCAAUGGCCAGAGGUGCCACCCCCGGUGCCAGAACUGCCACUGACCCCUCCCCCCCGGGGACACCGAGGGACAGACGGACAGACGGACAGAGCUGGCACCGGGCCGGAAACGCCUGAGGGCUCCGGGAGGGGCCACGUCCAACGGGGAUGGAGAGAGAGGACACAGGGACAGACGGACAGGAUGGACACAUGGACAGAGCCAAGGAUGGACACUGGGACGGCCUCGGGGCGUGGAGGGGCCACCGGGGGGCCCCGGGACCCGCGGGGGGCCCAAUAAAGCCACUGAGUGUCA